GUAGCUACCUUUCUGGUAGAAUGUCCCUGGGGUUGAACUAGUGCAUGACAAGGGUUCAAAAUAUUGUCAAAAGUUGUUGUUAGAGUAAAAAUGGAAAUAUUAGGCUGCAAGUGUCUUUAUAUAAUCUAAUAAACACGCAUUAAAAUAAUUGCAGCACCACAACAUGAGUCAAAACAUUUCGAUUUCCUCCUUCACUUGCCUCCAAGGUUGCCAGGUUCACCAACACGGAUCCACGGCUCUGGAUCCAGACAGGUGGACACAAUCGCGACUUCGUCGUCACUGUCAGUUUUGAAGAACGCCUAAAGACCUAGCUAAGGUUGCUUGAAAAGCAUGGCAGAUCAGGACGCAUUUAAAUACAGUCCAAGAAGAGGUGCUGCUAGUUUGCAUUCUCUGCCAGACUUAGACCCAAGUUUGCACCAUCACUGUCCUCAAGUCCAGCCGACCGAUGAUGUGCCCGUUUAUAGCGAUGCUACUGGGCUGAGGAAAGAUCUACCUGCUUCCAGAUACCAUGACCGAGGUGACGAACCCACAACUGAGAGGGCUUCUAUCCAAAAACUUGAUUCAGGCAACAUCCUAUUGGGAGACGAGGAUGAAAACUCAGAUGAUGACCCGGCCGCCCUCUCUAUCGGUGGUAUGUCGCCUGCUGGAAGCAUACUCUCGGAUGAAGAGCUUCUCCUGGACCAGAUCGAGGACUUCGACAAACCAGACGAAGUUUGGAGAACUGACUGGCACAAGAAUCAUAUGGCAGCAAUUAGUAGUGAGAAGUUUGACAGCCUCCUGAAGAUGUGUCCUGAUUUCCAUGGCUGUAAGAGCCACAUGGCAGCAUUUGUCUUAAUAAGAGAAGUGCUGGAUACAGCUAAUCGUCCAUGUGAGCAUUACAAGGUGGUGGCAUUGGGAGCUGGCCGUUCAAGCUGCAGCAAGUGGCUUUGCUACGAUGGGACAAUGGUCCAUGAUUGCCACGCCAUCAUCAUCGCCAGACGGGCUCUCCUGAGGUUUCUGUACAAACAGCUUCUGCUGUUCUUUGAUGCUGAUCCAAAGGCCAAGGAGAACUGUAUUUUCGAGAGUAGUGCAGACAGCCCCCAGCUUCAGCUUAAACCCAAGACCAGUCUGCAUCUCUACACCAAUCAGUGUCCUGAAGGAGCAGCUAAGAACUUCUGCUUCAAGGGCCCUGCAAAUGAUAUUUGGACUGAUAUGAAGCUGCAGUGUCAUGCCAAGGGCCUGCUGGUCCCUGUAGCCUACCUUGACCCGAGUCUCUGGGGUGCCAAAGUCUGCUGCAUAUCUGGUAGUGACAAGUUGUGCCGCUGGACUGUCACUGGGGUGCAGGGUGCAUUACUGAGCCACUUCAUCCAGCCACUCUACAUCACCAGCAUGGUGCUAGGGAGCCAGAAGCUCUCAAAUGUGGAAGUGUCUGAUAACACCAACAUGCGACUGGGUGAUGGAUGGGAGGACUUUCUGCCGCCAUCCUACAAAAAACACAACAUCAUAUUUCUCUGUGGCGACUACGUGGGGCCCGUUGGGGCCUCCCCGCAGCAUGCCGAUCUCAGCAUCAACUGGUGCCUUGGAGACAAGGAUAUUGAAGUUCUGGACAGUAGCAAGGGCAUCAUCAUUGAUAGCUCUCCAUCUGUGAGCGGGCCUGGAUUCUCCAGCAGACUUUGCAAAAGAGCCCUCUACAUUUAUUUCCUCAGAGUUGCACAGCUGGGUGGUCAUAGCUAUCUGCUGGAUCUUCCCACCUACCACAGCAUCAAGGUGGAAGCCACCGUGUACCAGACAGUCAAAGAUCUGGUCAAGCAACAGUUUCUGAGCAACCAUGCAGGUCCCUGGAAUUCAAAAAAGCUGGUGGACUGCUUUAGCACUUAAAUGUGCUCCCACUCACUAUCAGGCCAUGUAGAAGUUUAAGUUCCUCUUGAGAUUUUAUUUACUGUUGUUUACUGUGCACUUCAUAACAGUGAUUCUACUUUAUAUCUAGUUUUAUGUAUAAUUGUAUUUGAUAAUUUUUUGUUUGCAGUUUGUGUAGGUGUUUGAGAAAAAUAAACGAGAUGCUACUGUUAUGCACCACA